GAGGGAGGGAACGAGGGAAGAACAGGAGGACCCAUGAGUUUGUGGGGAUCAAAUAGAGUAUUGCUGAAGAAGGAACUGCAGAUGCUGGAAAAUCGAAGGUCGGCUGAGAGAUGCCUCUUCACAAGUAUCCGCCCAAGAUCUGGGCAGCUCUGCGGCUCAAGCAGGGCAUCCAGUCACGGCUGCCGGCUCAUUAUCUCCGCUCCCUCAACGAGAGUCAGGAGGCCACGCCAGUUCACUUUAAACCACACGGGGUUAAAUACAAGCGGAACCCACAUACGGGACAGCCGGAGCGUGUCGAAGACAUCCCAAUCCCCCUCUACUUCCCCCCUGAAUCGCAGCGUGGGUUGUGGGGUGGAGAGGGCUAUGUCAGUGGGUACAGAUACGCCAACAAUGACAAGCUCUCCAGCCGGAUAAGGAAAACGUGGAAGCCACAGAUCUUUGUGCGGCAACUCUGCAGUGAGAUCCUGGACACCACCUUCACCAUCCCAGUCACCAUGCGGACCCUGGACCUGGUGGACACUUGCUUUGGCUUCGACUUUUACAUCCUCAAGACACCGAAAGUGGACUUGAAUUCAAAGCUGGGAAUGGACCUGAAGCGAGCGAUGCUGCUGAGACUGGCGCGCAAGGACACCGAUCUCUACCCCGACGACCCAGACAAACGAGAACGCAUCUACGACAAGUACAAGGAGUUUGCGAUUCCUGAAGAGGAGGCAGACUGGGUCGGACUGAGCCUUGAGGAAGCCGUGGAGAAGCAGAGGUUGGUGGAGAAAAAGGACCCGGUGCCGCUGUUCAAAGUUUACGCUGAGGAACUUGUGCAGCAGCUUCACGCACAACAUCUGUCAGAACCAGCAGUCGUGGAAAAGGUGUCGUAGCCAAGAUGGGGCUCUUGCGAGCUUCAGAGCAGUAGGUUCCUUGGCCUCUGAAACAUCUCUUCUUGACAAAAACUUACUGACUGACUGAGGCGUGGAAAACAAGAUGAAACUGGGGUUAAAAUAACAUUAUAAGAUCCUCGUCAGAGCUAAUCACUGUAGCUGGGCCUGCAUUGUUGCAACAUUGUGUGGUGCGAUUGAAAAAUAAAUUAAUUACCAAGACAA